UCCUGACACGAGGAAGAGCACAGGAGCAGUUCAUCUCCUCGAUCAGAACUGUAGCGCUUGUCGCGGGCUCUGAAAGCGGAGUGGUGCUGUAUUUCUAAGCAGCUGCAGCAGCACUUACAUAAGAUUAUUGCUUCUGCAGCUGAGGGGGACAGUGGAGAGCCCUUGAAAACAAGGGAUUGUGGGAUUAGAGGUUCCAGCUGGUAUUAGAGGGCAGAGCUCGCCCGAGCCGCACAGCCUUGAUUCGGUCGCUGCCCUGAGGACCCGGAGCCCACACAGAGCGGUGGGCACGUCACCUGUGUCAUCACUCCCUCCCGGAGCGGGCUGGCAUUCCCCUGGGCGAUCGCACCGGAGGACUCCCACCAGCAGUUAGUCACAUUGAUCUGCGGAGACGAAGCUGUCGGAGGGAAGAGUGCAGGAUCUGCUCUGUUCCUCGCGAUGGUGUUCUCGGCUGCAGAAGGAUAUACAGACAGUUUAGAUUCCUCUCCUGAAAGAGACAGCUCUUCUUCAGGGGGCGAAGCUAAUUCUUCUGUAGCAAUGCAGCAGGUUCUGGAUAACCUGAAUGAGCUGCCGACCUGCACCGGGGCGAAGGACAUCGACCUCAUCUUCCUGCGCGGGAUCAUGGAGAGCCCCAUCGUCAGGUCUCUGGCCAAGGCUCACGAACGGCUGGAGGAGGUCAAGCUGGAGGCUGUCCGCGACAACAACGUGGAGCUGGUGAGCGAGAUCCUGGAGGACAUCAGCCCGCUGGCGAGCAGAGACGACAGCGCCGCCGAGCUGUCGCGCAUCCUGAAGGAGCCGCACUUCCAGUCCCUGCUCGAGGCUCACGACAAGGUGGCGUCGAAGAGCUACGAGCCGCCGCCGGGGGGAUCGGAAGCGAACCACGGCGUGCCCGCCGCGCCCCAGGCGGUACAGGCCGACGCCGUGCGCAUGAUCGGCAUCCGCAAGAAGGCAGGGGAGCCCUUGGGCGUGACCUUCCGAGUGGAGAACAGCGACCUGGUCAUCGCCCGCAUUCUGCACGGGGGCAUGAUCGACCGCCAGGGCCUCCUGCACGUGGGGGACAUCAUCAAGGAGGUCAACGGCAAGGACGUGGGCAGCAACCCCAAGGAGCUGCAGGACAUGCUGAAGAGCUGCUGUGGGGGGAUCACUCUGAAGAUCCUCCCCAGCUACAGGGACGCCGCUCUUCCUCAGCAGGUGUACGUGAAGCCUCACUUCGACUACAAUCCAGCCAGCGACACCCUGAUUCCCUGUAAAGAGGCGGGCCUGUCCUUCUCCCGAGGAGACGUCCUGCAGAUCGUCAACCGUGAGGACCCCAACUGGUGGCAGGCUUGCCAUGUUGUCGGGGGCUCCACGGGGCUCAUCCCCAGCCAGUUCCUGGAGGAGAAGAGGAAAGCGUUCGUGAGGAGAGACUGGGAGGGCUCAGGAGUCCUGUGCGGCACAAUAAGCGGGAAGAAGAAAAAGAAGAUGAUGUAUCUUACAGCGCGAAACGCAGAGUUCGAUCGGCACGAGCUGCAGGUCUACGAAGAGGUGGCCCGAGUGCCCCCCUUCCAGAGGAAGACCCUGGUGCUGAUCGGGGCCCAGGGCGUGGGGCGCAGGAGCCUGAAGAACCGGCUGAUGGUGCUGAACCCUACGAGAUUCGGAACGACAGUCCCAUUCACGUCCCGGCGGCCGCGGGAGGACGAGAAGGACGGCCAGUCCUACCGGUUCGUGUCGCGGACGGAGAUGGAGCUGGACGUCAAGGCCAGCCGGUACCUGGAGCACGGCGAGUACGAGGGCAACCUGUACGGCACCAAGAUCGACUCCAUCCUCGAGGUGGUGCAGACCGGCCGCACCUGCAUCCUCGACGUCAACCCGCAGGCUCUGAAGGUCCUGAAGACCCCGGAGUUCAUGCCCUACGUGGUGUUCAUUGCGGCGCCCGAGCUCGACACACUGCGGGCCAUGCACAAGGCCGUGGUGGACGCCGGGAUCACCACCAAGCUGCUGACGGACACGGACUUGAAGAAGACGGUGGACGAGAGCGGGCGGAUCCAGAGAGCCUACAGCCACUACUUCGACCUGACCAUCGUCAAUGACAACCUGGACAAAGCCUUCGAGCAGCUGCAGGCGGCGGUGGACCGGCUGUGCACGGAGCCGCAGUGGGUCCCGGUCAGCUGGGUCUACUGAAGCUCCUGCGCACACCCAAAGGGAAAGCGGACUUAUUUAUUUUAAUUUUUCUAACUUUUUACAGAGUAUCUUUCUAAUCAUAUCAAGUUGAAGUAAAAAAAAAAAAAGAAAAAAUGGAGAAAAAAAAAUGCGCCGAACCGGCUGGAGAGCUUUUGUACCGCGGCGGGGCUCAGGUGAGCCCGUCCCUUUGUCUCACCACCAGAUAAACACAGACGAUACUUGAAAUGAUUUUAAUUUUCUAUUUAUUGCAAAGUCCAAGGUGGUCGGAUGCAAUAGCUUUAACCAAGACAGGACACUACUCUGCGUUAAGAAUGAUUACAGAUGUGUUCCCCGAAGGGGGGCGAUGUCACGGCGGUGCAGGGCUACCUGCUCCUUGUGAAUGAUAUAAAGGCAGGUUUCCAGUUGUAUUCAUCUCUCAUGUUUGUACCAGGAUUUCCCUAAUUCAGUAAUUCCACUGUGUUCCAGAGCUGCUUUCUAACCCAGAACCGUUGCUUCUGAAUUUUGUGAAAACCAAGGCAGUACUGGAGUUUUAGAUUGACUUUCAAGGAAAGAAUCUUCUGUUACAUUAAAACCCUCUGUGUCUGUUUGUUUUUUGGUUGUAGUUUUAGGCGCAAGCUUGUUUCUUUUCAGUGUUCUACUUUAGAUUGUAAUGUUUGUGACAGUCUAGUUGAAUUGUUUUGCUUUUGUUGUUGUAAAAAAGGAAUGAUGUUCUUCAUGGAACAAGGAAUUGUUUUAAAUGUCUGUCUCCAAUGCAGUUACUGUUUUAAUUUCUAGAGAGCUGUUAUUUUUCAUGUGUACUUUUUUUUUCUGUGUCCUGUGCGUUAGUGUGGUGUCAUUUCUUUCGUUCAUGUCCUGGUUGGACAGGACUGGAGACAGAGGUGUUCUACAGGAGGAAAAUGUUUGGGAGCACUUGUAAACCCAAUAAAUUAAAGAUUUUGCUUACUUUUGCCGAUUAGCCUACCGUAAAGCAUAAUUAACAAAGCGUUCUGCAGUGACAAAUUCCUUGCACGCACCUGGCAUCCAGAAGUGAACACUGAAGUUUCAGGACAGAAAAUUCCCCUGGUCUUUGAUCAUUGGCAGCGGGAUGAAUGGCACAUGUGGGCGGGCGAGCGACCUUCAGCACCUCCACAGGCACGCAUGCGGUCAGCGAUGUCUGGGAGAACUGCCGACCGAGUCCCUUUCACUUCAGGCAAGUGCGUAUUAAGUGUGUGGCAAGCGGGUGAUUUCAAACUUCAGCAGCACAAGCACGGCCCAAACACUAGGACAGCAGUUCCACUCUUCUUCUCGGUUCCCAGUGCAGGCCUUGCGAUUGGAUUUAAACGCAAGUAUAACAAGGAAGAGCUCUGUGCUCGUAGCACCACCGAUUACAUGCUGGUGAUGUGGAACAUGUCAGCUUCCUUGUCACCUGCAAGAAGCCUGGCUGAUUGAGAAGCAUUUAACCCAUCAUAUAAACAUUUGCCCUGUUGGUUUUUAAUGCACUGUUUGAGUGAAUCUCUUCUCCUGUGAAAUACACAAGAAAUUCAUGCUUUUCCAAGGUUAUUUUUUAUUAAACAUUUUAUUUCAACUUUCAUAUAAAACACUGUGCCAUAUCAAUUAUUCUGUAAAUUGUGAAUUGGCCAUGGUUCAGUUUGGUCCAUGAUCUCUAACACUGCCAUUUACAACUAAAAUAAAAACUAUAAAUUAUAUAUCUAUAAA